UCCUCGCAUCUUCUUUUUCUUCUUAGGGGCCGCGGCUUCAACAAUCAGAGGAGAGGUUUUUUCCGCCGGACAAUAUCCCUCUCGAAAUUAAAUUGUUAACAUUGUUAGGGUUCCUUUUCGGUUAGCACCUGUGCUCUGAUUCAUUCUCAGGCUACCCUUUUCCAUGGCGAAGCCUUCAACCGUAUCGAAUUCUAUCCCAAUCACUGUUAAUGCACGCGUCAAGGAGGAACAUGGCGCAGUAGCGUCAACUUCAGUGUCUCUGCGAUCGAUACCGUCUCAGCAAUUUCCAAUGAAGCCUGUCAAAGGAGAGCAAGAUGAUGUUACAAACGGUCAGCUUCCAUUGGUGGUGUCGUCAGUUUCAUCAGCGUAUGAAGAUAAUAACCGUGCGGCUGAAAUUGCGAAAUCGGUGAAUGAACUCGGCAAUUUCGCUGUUGCUAUAAAUGCGUUCACUAGCUUGUUCGAUGAAUUGCAAAAGCAUGUGGAUUUUAUCGACAAAGCCAUCGACGCGAGGUCUGAAGAGCUUGCUCUGCUCUCCAAUACAACGCAGAAUACGGCGACAGUGUCUUGUACUCCUUUGGCAGGAGGCAAUGUUCAAAGUACGGAACCCGUGAAUACCCAACCUACUCUGGUGAAAGAGAAUGAAUUGCAUUCAAAUCAGAAAUUGAAAGCGAAGACCGAGAAUGGCGAAGGAGAUGGAUCCCUAAAUGAUGUUGUUUCGAUUUGCCGAACCAUGUGCAGCCGUGGCCUCCGUAAAUAUAUAGUAUCAAAUUUAUCACAGCCGGAGAAACUCCGUGAGCAAGUUCCCGCGGCUCUCAAGAGUGCCCCGAAACCAUCCAAACUCGUGUUUGAAUGCAUUGGGCGGUUUUUUCUCCAGGGAAGCAGAGCCUACAACAAAGACUCUCCGAUGAUUCCUGCUAGACUAGCUUCAAUUCUUGUUCUGGAAUAUUAUCUCUUGUCCGGUUGCACUGAUAAUGAGAAAGACAUUAAUCAUUCCUUGAAGGAAGAAGCUAGCUUGGCUGCCACUGCCUGGAAGAAAAGACUGAUCGUCGAAGGUGGUGUUUCAAAGGCUUGUGAAAUUGAUGCAAGGGGUUUGAUUCUUUUCGUUGGUGGCUUCGGUAUUCCAGCUAGUUUCAGGCAUGAAGAGAUACGGGAUUUGAUUCGUUUGAGCAAUCCUAGGGAAAUUAUGCAUGCCCUUCGUCAGUCUCGUGGCCUUCUUAAGAAGGUUUCAGAUAUUGCUGAUGGAUUGAUGAAGAAGGGAAUGGUUGCUGAAGCUGUUGACCUGGCAUAUAUAUUUGGAUUUGAAGAAAAACUUUCCCCUCAGACAAAUUUGACUUCAUAUCUGCAGAAGUCUGAAGAUUCUUGGAAGAAAACUAAACAAGAAACUUGUGGUUCAGCUACUGCGUUGAAGCAAGCUGAUGAAAAAUACUUAGCUGCUCUGAGAUCUGUAGUAAAUUGUUUGGAAGGUCACAAAAUUGAUCAUGCAGAAUUUCUUCCUGGAUCGAAACUAAAGGAGAAGAUAAGCAACCUGGAAAAAGAUAUUGAUGAUGCCAAUAAAAAAAUCCAAGACAUGGUGGUGUCAAAGAGAAAAAUGGAUAAAAAUGAUUCUUCAAACAAAUUGAAGGCUCCAGAGUCAAAGCGAUCAAGGUUGAAUGUGAAAGAUCCAUCUCUAGUCUCCUUCUUGCAAGAGCAAAGGAUUAGUAGUAACAUGGAUGGAAAUAACUUGUACGAUGUUUCAUUGACGGCACAUAUGCUGAGUAGUAGACCCUCUAGCCAUUUAAAUAAUUACCCCGCUGCAACAUCUGUACAACUUGGAUCUGCUGCAGGGCCUUUGCUGGAUAGUGUCUUUGGAGGUACAUUAGCAGGGGGUGGUAAGCUUAUAGGUGCUGGAAUUGGUGGUACAGCUGGUUCAUUUUCUGGAUAUCACGGUGAUAAAGUAGUCGACAAUGUUGGGACAAUGUUGAAUACCAAUGACCAUCUCUACAGACAGCUUGGAAUAAGGGAAUCUGUAUUAUCUCACGAGAGGUUAGUCGGGCGACCUGUAUCAGCACGAGUAAGCAGUCUGUAUGGGGUGUCACCAUCUGUAGAGAGUUUUGCAGGCUUGCAAGAUCAUCCUUCUUUGUCUUCUGCUGGUCGUAUUGGUGCCUCUGAUCUAUAUAGCUUUGCUGACGCCAUUUAUGAAGGGGGCUCAUUCCAGGCCAGCAGCUCUGCCAAGGCCACCAAUGUGCCACCCAUUCUUCCUGGCCGUAGUUCCUCAUACAUGUAUUAGAUAGACCCCAGAUGCAUCUGUUGAUCGGGGUAACUGGAAGCUUGUGCCAUUCAUUAAACUUCUGUACUGGGAAAAUUAGCCUCGUCAACUGGCUAAGUAUGAUAUCUGCCCUCACAAACCCAUUAACUACACAGGUUUGGUUAUUUUAAUUCAACAUGCCAAUGUUGAAACUAAAUUUGCCGCAGAUUGCUGUGGAUAUUGUGCUAAGCUGGUCUUUAGUGUCUAUUUUUACUCAUGUAUCCCCUAAGGGAACAAAGCUGUAGACGUGUACAAUGUUAAAUUUCUCAGAAGUUUAUCCAUUCGAGCAUUUUGGCGUUACUGGGUAGUACCGGUUUUCUAACUUGUACCGCCAGAUUUUGUUAUGUAAAAUGAGGAAGGUGUAAAGUCCCUGUAGCAGCCGAACCCUGGGUGACUCGGCUGUUUUGAUAA